AUGGAUGUCAAAGCAUAUGAAUCGGCGGGAUAUAUGCUGACCGGAUACAACAACAACAACAACAACAUUAAUCACGGACAUGCUUCAAUUCAUCCUGAAUUCAACGACGAUAACUCGUCAACCUCCUCUGGUAUGUCUAGCAAAGAAUCCAGCUCACCAGCCGCUGCCGGAGUCCGCACCACCGGAAGUAGCCCAGCUGAGUACCGCGAGUAUACGCCGGCACAGACCGAGUACUCGAUGUUUACGCAGCACCAUAGCGUUCCAUACCACACACAGGGACAGAACAUGCCAAUGUGUUUUCCGUCUGUUUAUCAGAAUUAUAACCCGAUUGGAUGUUCGCCAAAUGCCGAAGCGCUUAAGACGAAUACCGGAAGUGGCGCCAGCCGUCAGGAGCCGUACCCAACGAGGAACAGCAAGAAGCAGAGGCGCGAGCGGAUAACGUUCUCGAAAACGCAACUCGACAUUCUGGAGACCCUUUUUACGAAGACGCAGUACCCGGAUGCGUUUAUGAGAGAAGAAGUUGCGAAGAAAAUCGAUAUCUCAGAAAACAGAGUUCUUGUCUGGUUUAAAAACAGGCGUGCGAAGUGCCGGAACCAAGAUGAAAGUAAGUGUGCUAAUGCCAACGGCGAGCCAUCUGGACGGGCCACAAAGAAACCUUUUCGACUGCCUAAUGGCGCUUCAAAUGUUCAAGCAGCUAAUUCACAGCACGGCAACGCACAGCGGGUCAACUAUGUUACCAAAGGACAGGUAUCAACCACUGCAAUGUGGAACCCAAGUGCGACCGCUGCGUCUGAGUGGAAUCGCAGCGAUACCAACCUUCCGGUUUCGAACACGUUCAUCGGCGCGUAUGGUGGCGCAUACACAUCUGCUAUGUUUCACAAUAACGGUCAUGGGCUAACCGGAAGUCAGGACCCGGAAAUGCUCUCGGAAUACAACUACGUGUAUUCAAGCGUGCCGUUCAAAGGGGCGUACAGUCAUGAUGAUAUUCGGGGGAUCCAACAUUCGGGUCAGCAGUGGAUGGAAGCAUAA